AUGGAAUUCUGCGAGAAGCGGCAAUUCAAAGGAAUUUUUGAAUUGGCCAGCAACGAGACUCAAGCCCUUUACAAACUGAUGGAGAAGAGCUUCAAGCCGAAUUUUCGCGUGAAGAUUGCUGAAGUGGAGUUGGGUAAAAUCGUCGAAAAGAAAUGCCAUGAUCAAUACGUUGAAUCGCUCCGAAACGCUUUUGCCACCAAAGCUUUGAAUCAGAUUUCCCUCAUUUAUGAGUCUCUGUCGAAAGCGGCGUUUGAUCAAGGCAAACAU